CAGAACACGAAAAAAUACUAAGGUCAAGCAUGAUAAUCAAAAUAGGAAAACAGGAUGAAGAGUAUUUAAAUAUCUAAGGAACUGACACUUUAAAGUAAUAGCAUAAUACAUUUUUUUUUCUCUCUCUCUCUCUCUUUAUGGCUCUGUAAUUUAUGACGUGUCAGACACGCCACUUUUAUUAUUAACAGAGACUGGUGAGCAAGAAAAAUACAAACAGUCGCGUAACGUGUCCACCACACUGGAACCACAGGUAGUUUUUCAAACUGGGACUUUCCGUGUUACGGAUAUGACGGCCAAAUUCUGAGAAAAAGAGAGAGAGAGACAGAGAGAGAGAGAGAGAGAGAGAGAGAGACUACGAGGCUGUGGCUCAACACCUAGUGUGCUUCCUACCUAGACAACACUUUGGGCAUCGUUGGCGCGCUCCUUAAUGGCACUGUUGAAGUUACGGGAAAUCAGAUUCAUUGAUUGGUUCUCGGCUCAUGACGAAUCCGACAGAUUUUACACAUUUAGUGAAACUGAUUCAUUGCAAAUAUUUGUUAACAUAAAUAUUCUAUCUUGUCGAGUCAGCCUUUGGCUGCAGCGUCGAAUAUGGUUGUUUUAGAUUCUCGACGCCAUAACGGUGAAAAACAGUUCAGUCUAAUAAAAACCUGAAGGUCACUUCUUUUGAACAUAUACGUGGACGCUAUGUAGGCGGGGUCAAGAUAGUCAACCGCUUCCCUAGACAGCACUUCUGCUUUUUCUUUUAGUACACUACUAGGUCUGAAGACACAGCCACAACGCGCUUCUGUCACGUUCACAUAUCAUUUAACAAUGACUUAACCACUUUUGUCUGUCUCUUAUUAUUUCGUAAGCUUUUUCCAAUUAUAGGCUAACUAUCAAAAUCUGUGAUAAGUGGGCGGAAAAACAGCGCAAAAUAUUUCCGGGGAACCCCGUGGUGGUUUUAUACCGUGGGUAUAUCACGCAAAAAGUAAUAAGCAUAUCAAUAUGUCAUCAUAACGUACUGUGUUUGGUCAGACAGUUCAUCUAAAACCUCAAUGGCUUCGGCAUCAGCUGUUUCACACCCGUCGUUAAACGGGGCUUCGUCCACACCGGGUGAGAACGAGUACCCGUCGGGUUUCCCUCAGAGCAUCUGCGAUGAGGUCCCGAAGGAGAAGUACUUGUGCAGCAACUGUAAUAAUGUCUUGAAUAAAGCACGUCAAACGGUGUGCGGUCACCGCUACUGCCUCGCGUGCGUUAACUGGCUGGUCAGAAACAACAAGGACCUUGUGUGCACAAAAUGUAAAGAAGAGGACCCCAGUGUAGAGAAUGACACCAGUGUACUGACUUUUGACCAAUUCUUCAAUGAUGCGGCUAUUAAUAAGGAAAUUUUGGAUCUGAAAGUUCACUGUGCCAACCAAGGCUGCCCCUGGAGAAGCACCCUGAAGAACUUUGAGGACCACCAGAGUCAGUGUGAAUAUGCCCUGAUCCCUUGCAACAUUGGCUGUGGCAUCAUGGUGCAGAGGAAGUCACUGGCUACACAUCUGGACAGUGGUUGUCCCAACAACAAGACCUCGUGUCCCUCUUGUGCAGGUGUCCUGACACCAAAAGAACUCCAGAAGCAUGUAUGCCCCGACAAGAAGACGACAAAGACUGAUAAACGGCAAAAGAAUAAUCACCCAGGCAGCUCAAAAAAGAAAGAGCCAUGCAUUUUUUCAGAAGUUGGUUGUCUUUUUAAGGGCAAUACAGACAAAUUAAAAGAUCAUGAAUCCUGCAGCCAUGUUGGCCAUCUACAGCUUCUCUUGGAUGUGACCAGGGCUCUUCAGCGUACCCUGAAUUCUGAUCUUCUUCAGCCUGGACAGUGUGGUGCUUCUCAGAGUGAGGGUGAGACUGAGACCGACAGAGGAGACCCAGGAGUGAGUGAUAAGGCCCUCAGUCUUCAUGACGAUCAGGCUGAACUUGCUGUAGGCCAGCAACUGGAUGUUCUACAGCAGAGGGUGCAGGUCAUGGAGAACAUCAUCUCAGCUUUGAACCGAGAGGUGGAAAAGACACAGAUCAGUGUGGUCGCGCUGGAGAGGGACCAUUACAACAAUCAGCAGCUCAUUCAGCACUUGGAAACCAAGGUAGCGGAACAGCAGCAGAGACUGGUCAGGAAAGACAUUCACAUCACUUCAUUGCAGCAGUGUAUCAGCGCCCAGCAGGCCGUCUCAUAUGAUGGCACCUUUCUCUGGCGGUUGUGUGAUGUCAGCCAGAGUCUGAGAGAGGCUGCCAGUGGCCAACAGAUCAGUCAGUACUCGCCAGGAAGUUUAGGUGUGUCUACUGUCAGCAUGUUGGAAUCGGCCUGUCGGGACGGAUAUCUGACAGUCAGGUCGGAACCUCUAGAACCCAAGCACCUGCUUCCCAAGAGAGAGAAAACCUGCAGCGAACAGGAGACCAACUUGACCGUGGGCCAGUACGUGUUGUGUCGCUGGUCUGACGGCCUUUACUACCUGGGCAAGAUCCAGAGAGUGAGCACCUCAAAACAGAAUUGCUUUGUGACGUUUGAAGACAACUCCAAGUUCUGGGUGCUUUGGAAAGACAUACAGCAUGCUGGUGUCCCUGGGGAAGAACCCAAAUGCUCAGUGUGUUCUGACAUGUCUUUGGUUCCUGGUAAUGAAAUUCUUAUCUGUGGGAAGUGCGGAAUAGGCUAUCACCAGCUCUGCCACUUGCCCCCAGUGGAGAGCUCAGCUGACCUUUCUCCAUGGUUCUGCAGAAAGUGCAUUUUUGCUUUAGCUGUGAGAAAAGGGGGAGCUCUGAAAAAAGGGCCAAUUUCUAAAGCGCUGCAGGCCAUGAAGCAGGUACUGCCCUAUAAUCCAGAGGAGCUGGAGUGGGACUCUUUGCAUCGUACGAACCAUCAGCAGUGCUACUGCUACUGCGGAGGACCCGGAGAGUGGUAUCUGAAAAUGCUGCAGUGCUUUCGCUGUGAGCAGUGGUUUCAUGAGGCGUGUACGCAGUGCCUACAGGAGUCCAUGAUGUUUGGAGAUAGGUUUUACUUGUUCAUUUGUGCGGUGUGCAAUAAAGGAGUGGAGUACAUCAAGCAGCUGGCGCUCCGAUGGGUGGAUGUUGUCCAUCUCGCCCUUUACAACCUUGGAGUCCAAAGUAAGAAGAAAUACUUUGAACUGGAAGAAAUCCUGACCUUCAUCAGCAACAACUGGGACCAUUUCCAGAUGGGCAAGCUCUCCAACACCCCUCUGUCUGAACGGGGCCAGUAUAUUCUUGAUGCCCUCAACAACUAUAAAAGCAAGUUUCUUUGCGGCAAGGAGAUCAAGAAGAGGAAAUGCAUUUUCCGACUAAGGACAAGGGUCCCUCCUAACCCCCCAUCUAAGUUGUUUCCAGAGAAGGCCCAGAACAGUGAGGGCCACAGGGGCCGCAAAAAAGGGGUCAACAGAAACAGUAGCUCUGUUCCUACAGAAAAGCGGAGGAAGAAGAGGUCCAAGUGGCUGCUAGAGGAUGCUAUUCCUAAUAAUGACCUCACCUCUACCUGGAGCACCAAUCAUCACAUGGCCAACAUAUUCGACUUCACGCUGGACGAGCUGCAGAGUUUGAAGAGCACCAGUUCAGGACAGACGUUCAGUAUGGACCAGGACUCCACCGAUGCAGCCAGUACUUCUGGUUCUGCCACCACCAGCGUCUCCUAUGAUUUCAGGAAAAAUGUGGGCAGUCGGAAGAGGAAGUUGCCCUCCUCUAAUUACACUGCGCUGGCCACAAAACGAGAGAUGGUGGAGCGUGAGCUGAGCCCCAUCAGCAUGCCUGGAGAGGAGAGCAACGUCAUGCUGGAGAACAGCAUCGACAGCCACACCUUUGAGAGCAUCAGCGAGGACGAUUCCUCACUGUCUCACCUCAAGUCUUCCAUCACCAGCUAUUUUGGGGCGGCCGGUCGACUCACCUGCGGGGAGAAGUAUCAGGUUCUGGCUCGUAGGAUCACACCUGAAGGCAAGGUGCAGUAUUUGGUGGAGUGGGAAGGAACUACACCUUACUGAAUAUCACAGAACAGAGGUGUGGAACAGGUGGUCUGCAAAGGAAGAUGACACCCCCCACCCCACCCCACCCCAUAGUUACUCUCCGUUUUUCUAUUCUGAAAGUCAUAGUUUCGGAGUUCUAGUUUUGUUUUUCUUGUUUUCCACGAACCACAUAUAGUGUUUUUUUUUCUGAUUCUCUGGUCUUCUCUCGUGGGACAUUAAAGUGUUUUUUGUGAAGUCAUUUGCAGUGUCCUUUUUAGGGCACUUUAAACAUCACAAACGUCAUUCAGUCUAGUAACGUAUACUAAUUUUACACAGUAUAACGUCAUUAUUAGGUAGCAGAUAAAGGACAGUAUUAUACAACAUGAAGUCGUUUCAGUUUAGUUUGGGGAUUCAAAGCGUUUCAGUUCCUGUAAUUCAGAACUUCAAAAUCUGUGUCAGGUUUUGAGUUUAAUGUUCAACCAAAAAUGAACAUUUGCUGAAAAUGUACUCAUCCUCAGGCCAUCCAGGAUGUAGAUGAGUUUGUUUCAAUAUCAGAACAGAUUUGGAGAUAUAUAGCAUCACAUCACUUGCUCACCAGUGGAUCCUCUGCAGUGAAUGGGUGCCGUCAGAAUGACAGUAGAAACAGCUGAUACAAACAUCACAAUAAUCUAGAAGUAAUCCACAUGAUUACAGUCCAUAAUAUUACAUUCUCUAGCAAUGAAGUCGUCUUGUCUGAAUCAGGAGAAAAAAUAUGAGAAAAAUAUGCACAGAUCAAGCUCCAUUUACAAGCAAAAACAGUUCUAAACCAGUAUGUUGUUGGAUUUUGAUGUGAGAGGACAAACAGGAAUGGAUUUUUUGACGGUUUAAAAGUUAAAAUGCCUUAAUGAUGGAUUUGUUUCUUGCAGCUUUUCACUUCACAACACAUUAACUGAUUGACUGAAAUCAUGCGGAUUGCUUGUAUUAAUUGUGAUGUUUUAUCUGCUGUUUGGACUCUCAUUCCAGCGGCACCCAUUCACAGAGCAAGUGAUGCAAUGCUUAAUUUCUCCAAAUCUGUUCUGAUGAAGAAACAAACUCGUCUACAUUUUGGAUUGAGGGCCUGAGCUUGAGUACAUUUUCAGCAAAUUUUCAUUUUUUUUCUGUGAAUUAUCCCUUUAACGUAUUUUUGCAGAAGGAAAAUAUAGCAAUCUGCACACAUUUGUUUUUUCACCUUAGAUAACAGUGCAGCGGGGGGAGUUUAGCCAUGUUAAAAUGUUAGCACUUUCGUUCUUUCCUGUUCAAAUAUCAGUUUUGAAUUCGAUCUGGGUGAUUAUAAAACCAAAGUGACACAAAUACUGCUUUGAGAAGUAUUUUUCUAUUUUAAAUUCUUCUGUAUGCGCUGGCAUGUCAGAUUGGAGAAACGGUACCUGCUUUGAAAAAGCAAAAUGAAACUGAAAGUGGAAAGUGAUCAUUUGCAUUUAAUUAACAAUAGAAUUUUUUCUUUUUUCAACAUUUGCCCACAUAUUAAUGUCAAAUCAAUGUUUUUACAUGAUUUCCAAAGAUCGGUGUUAUAUCUGAGAUGGAUCUGGAAGUGGAUACAUGCACUUAUCAGAUGAUUAGAUUGACUGGAAAAUUGAAAGUUAUGUGAAGUUAUAAAGCUGGCAGGUUCUAUAAUUUGACUUAAUUAGUUUUAUAGUACAAAACAUUAUAAAUAUACUUUAUUAUUUACAUGUAUAUAAUUGGAUAUAAUAUUAGCCCCAUUUUAUUAUUGCACUAUUAACAUCUUCUAUCAGCUAUGCAAGCUAUUAUUGGAUAAAUGUACCCUUUUUUUAUGUAUAAAAGAUAUUUCAAGUAUUUACUUUUUACUUUUAUAAUAUUUCCCCAAAGGAAAAGCAUAUGUGAAAUUAAAAGUCAACAGUUUUGUCAACAAAACACAAAGAUUGUUGUACUGAUCAAGUUUUUGUAUGUCAACUUGCUCACAUUUCAAGAGAAUAUAUUUUGGUUACAAGUUUAACAAGGUUUAGAAGAGAAACAACCUAUUGCCUUAUCAUAAUAUUAAAACUAAGGAGUUUUGAAUGCUUUUCUGAGAAUUUUUCUACACCGCACCCUCAAAGCUGUACAUGAUGAACAUGUAUUUGUCUUUUGGAACAAAAUGUGCAAACUUGCAUGUGUCAUUAUUCAUUCAUUCCUGUUUCAGAACAUUAAAAGAGUUUGUCAGCAAUAA